GUCGGUGCAAUAAUUUGACAUUCAAAUUAAAUUGCAAAUAACACGUUAAAAAAGCUAAGGGGAAGGGUCGACCACCUUGCCUUCAGUUUGGAUGCCGCGCUUUUGAUGAAACACGAGGGCGACAAAUGUGAGUGCGUACAACGCCGCUGCCGCCACUUCAAACGCGAAGCUGAUGCCGAACGAGACAUUUGUCAAGUCUGUCGCUUGUCCAGUCCAGCAGCCAAAAGUUACGACACUGCUUGUGAACGACAGUAGUCCAAAAACCUUGGCAAGGCUUACAAAGCAGGACUUUGCCGAGCAGCAUGUGAUGCACAGCAGCAACGUGAGGCAGGUCAAUGCUCCAAACCCACUGCUCAGUGCAGCAAAGGAUAACGAUGCCUUGCCCAAGGACCCACACGACCUUGAGACGAACGCAUUGUACUCGAGUGGUUUGAGUGGCGUCAAUAAUGCUGUGGCACUACCAAGAUCUGGUAAAUCGCAAAGUGCAGCGUGGGAUGAAUUCAUCUCUAUAGCCGCGUUGUUCAAGGUCGUCGCGACGGCCGUUCCGUUGAUGCGUAGCGCGUUCGUGAUGUCUCGCGAUGAAUAAAAGCUGAAACAUUGAUCCAGUGUGAUGUGGUUGUAAUCUUGAGUGAGGUCGGCAUUGAUGCAAUAACCCCAUACUCCCACGGAGAACUGGACAUUGUGUAGCAUUGCAGGGGUGUCGGUGGGUUCGCCUUGGAUGGACGACGAGCUGGCCCACAUGGGAAGCGCCAACGCGAUCGACGACAGCGCCAACGCAGUCACAGCUAGCGCAAUGCUAACGAUGCCAGUGGCGGUGCAGGGCAUGGUUUCUGUACAAGUACGUCGGUGAAA